CAGGGGUACCAUGGUUCGAACAUUGAACAAUAUGGAGGAGCUGAGAGGUUCUAGGUUUGGUCGUCCCUGGCCGAGGCACGGACUCAAGCUCCUUUUCUGGUUCGCCAACGAUUACAUCGUCUUUGACAACGACAACCAGAUGUUUGCAAAUUACGACCCCAAAGAGGGACACUUUGGUUUCCAUCAAUUCCGCAACAGACGUGAGUGUGAAAACAAUGUCUGCAAGAGGCUGCUUCCUGAUGAUGGCUACCCAUUCUAUGAGGCGGGCAACCUCCACCUCACAGCAUCUGAUUCCAUGCCUAAUUAUGUCAGGAAGUACAACACUGGUAAAAUAGAUACCAGCAACAUGGACCGCCUCAUCAUCAGUAUGCGUCCAGACAUGACAGUGGAUAAGGUCUAUGUGACCCAACACGAGGACAAGAGGAGCUUCGACCCGGUCAACAACUAUCGCAUCAGCAGGGAGUUGCUCAUGAUCAUAUGUGGCCAUUCAUUGAGUAACUUCCUGGAACAGGCGGGCUAUUCCACCCAUGAGCCAAUGAGAUAUAUCGAUCAGUGUUCUAGUACCGCCCAAAUCGAAUUCCCAAGCCCCGCCCCCAGGGAGUCUGGGGAUACCAGAAUGAAUAUAGAAGUUGGAUCCAGAGCUCCACCCAGAGCUGCACCAGGCUUCUGGGAAAGCUGCUGUACCAUACUGUUAUAUAUUUUUAUUAUAUUUAUUUUAUUUAUUUUAUUUAACCAGGUAGGCCAGUUGAGAACUAGUUCUCAUUUACUGCGACCUGGCCAAGAUAAAGAAAAGCAGAGCGACACAAACAACAACACAGAGUUACACAUGGAAUAAACAAAUGUACAGUCAAUAACACAAUAGAAAAAGUCUAUAUACAGUGUGUGCAAAUGGCGUGAGGAGGUAAGGCAAUAAAUAGGCCGUAGUGGUGAAAUAAUUACAAGUCAGCAAAUUAACACUGGAGUGAUAGAUGAGCAGAUGGUGAUGUGCAAGAGAGCAAAAAGUAAAUAAAAACAAUAUUGGGACGAG